AUGGAUGCGCACAAUCUGCAGGCUGCGUCGACGUAUGUCAACAACAUUCUACUGGCGCGCGGACUGCUAAACAAUGGCGCCUCGAUUGAUUUUGCUCAUCCCGAAAAUGAGGAGGGAGGAACAGAGGCCACUAUGGCGCGGAUCAUUAACCUGGUCAACGACUUGGUUUUAAGGAGAGAUCGAGAAUCUGAGCAUCGCGAAAACUUAGCGACAACAAUUCGGACCUUGCGGGGGAGUGAGGCGGAGCAGACUUUGGAAAUUGGGAAACUGAAGACCAAAUCAUCCGAAUUGACACGAUCGCUGGCCCUCACACAGGCCUCGGAGCGUGCGCUCCGCUCUAACGUGUCCAGUGCCGAAGCUUCCAUCCGAGGGUUGAAAGAGCAAGUACAGCGCAUGAAGACCACCGUUCAACAAGUGCGCUCGCAAUGCGCAAACGAUAUUCGCAAGCGCGAUAUCGAAUUACAGAAAUUAAAAUCACACCUGGCUGAUCGGCAGCGGGGCAAACGUGAAGGAUUGAGUGUUACAACUAUCAACAUCAACCCCGCAUCAACCCGUUCUCGGUUGAGAUCCAGUGGCGGUGAGCGAGUCAACGACCCCGGAUAUACUCUCAAGCAGGAGACAACAGAUUUCUUGACGGAGCUGUGCCAGAACCUCAGCGACGAGAACGAUACAUUGAUUGAACUUGCGCGAAACACCGUUGAGACGCUGAAAGAAGUACAAGGACUCUCCCAAACUGAGGAAGGAAACCAGAACGAUGAUAUGGCCGGCUUGGCUGCCAGUGUUGGGCCACAAAAGUCCGUUAACGCUGUCACUACACUUCCUACAUCGACGGAGGAGCUGUCUAUGCGGAUGGAUGCAGUGCUGGAUCACUUGCGAACCCUCCUCACAAACCCUUCCUUUGUGCCCCUAGAAGAGGUUGAAAUCCGUGAUGAAGAAAUCAAGCGACUGCGCGGAAGCUGGGAGAAGAUGGAAAAUCGUUGGAAGCAGGCUGUGACUAUGAUGGACGGAUGGCAGCGUCGCCUUGCCGAUGGUGGUGACUCGGUUCGGGUAGAAGAACUGAAACUGGGCAUGAACCUUGAUCUCAGUUUCAAUUCUACCGCAGAUACGAGUGUGCAAGGACAGAGGGAAAACAAACCUAUAUCGCCGAUUCUGGAAGAUCAGGAGGAAAUGAGCGAAGCUGAGGAUCAGCCAGAUGACACCAUAGAUGUCCCAUUGAUUAAGAUACGCAAAGUCCCCGAGCGCACAGAACGAGCUCUACGGGAACGAAGUGACAAUGCGGUUUCCAGACCUAGACGGCUCCGAAAGGUUUCGUUUACCCCUGGUCUGCAAGGAUCGCCAUGUGAACCCAGUGCAGACGAUGAAACACUGCAGAUUAAGGCUCACAGAUCGGGGGCUGUGACUCGCCGGCCAUCACGCCGAAAGACAGAUCUCGGGGCAAGCCAGCUGGCCAAUGUUACUGAAUCUAUGAGUGUUCACCAAAAACUGGCUGCGGUCGAAGAUGAGGCCCGGGACGCAGAAAGCUCUCGCAAGGAGCGGGAGACGAGGAAAAGAAGCCGACCAGACAAAACAUCCAGCCGGGCUGGCAAUCGACGCCGAAGUACACUAACAAGCGACGAACUGGAUGAUCUUAUGGGCGUUCCCUCCCGAUGA